UAUCAGAGAGAAUGGGAAAAAAGUUCGGGGUAGGGGGCGCUUCGUUCCGUGUAAGCCAAAAAACAAGAAGACAAGAAGCUGAGGCGGUAGUCCACGGUGUGAAUAAUUGUGCUUGUGUGCUUUAUUAGUGUACUAAGUAUUUAAUUAUUAAUAAUAUCAUAUCAAAUUAUGGUUCGUAGCAGCGACAAGGACAGGCAUCAUCGACGAAGAUCCAGAUCGCGAUCGAGAUCUCGAUCGGCCGAGCCUGAUAAGAAACGACGGCGAUCCAGGAGCAGAGAUCGUGAGAGAGACAGAGACAAAGGUCGACAUAGAGAACGCAGGAGUCGUUCGCGAGACAGAGACAGAGAUAGGAGGGAUCGGUCCGAACGGGACAGGGAUCGCGAGAGAAAACGUGGAGACAGUAAAGAAAAGCGUCUUACAGGCUCAAAGUCUUCGCGCUCUGGCAAAGAACGAUCUAACAGGUCUCGGUCACGCGACAGAAAGGAUAAAGAGAAGGGUGACAAUGAAGAAUUACCUUUUGAUCAUACAAAAUUGGAUAAGGAAGAAGAGCAAAAAAGGCUCGAGUUGGAAAUGCAAAAGAGGAGGGAGAGAAUAGAAAGAUGGCGAGCAGAGCGGAAGAAGAAAGAGCUGGAAGCUACUAAGAAAGACGGUAAGGCAUCUAUUUUGGCAAAUCUUCAGCUACCCAUGAAAAAGUGGUCUCUUGAGGAUGAUAGUGAUGAGGAGACUCCUGUGGUACAGAAUAACACAAAAGAGGCAAAGGAAGAAGGUGUAAAAGAGGAGAUUGAGGAAGUAAAGGAAGAAGUGAAAGAUGAAGAGGAAGAAGUUGAUCCGCUGGAUGCUUUCAUGGCAGAGGUGCAAGAAGAAGUGAGGAAAGUGAACAAACUCGAUAACAAAGCUCCGAAAAACGCCAACAAUGGCACGAGCUCUGGAACGCAGAGUGGUGGUGUCGUUAUAGUGACUGGUGUAGCCAAAAAGAAGGUUCAGAAACAGAAGGGAGAAUUAAUCGAGCAAAAUCAAGAUGGCUUGGAGUAUUCUAGUGAAGAAGAGGGCGAAAAUCUUCACGAGACUGCAGCCGGUAUCGCAAACAAACAGAAGCGAGAGUUAGCCAAAGUCGAUCACGCAACGACGGAUUACCAACCGUUCCGAAAGUCCUUUUAUGUUGAAGUUCCUGAGAUUGCGAGAAUGACACCAGAGGAAGUAGAGGCAUACAAAGAGGAUCUGGAAGGCAUUCGCGUGAAAGGUAAAGGUUGCCCGAAGCCUAUCAAAUCGUGGGCGCAAUGCGGCGUAACUAAGAAAGAACUGGAGGUGCUGAAGAAACUCGGUUACGAGAAACCAACGCCCAUUCAAUGCCAAGCAAUCCCGGCGAUUAUGUCCGGCCGCGAUCUCAUCGGUAUAGCGAAAACAGGCAGCGGGAAAACGUUAGCUUUCUUGUUACCAAUGUUCCGUCAUAUACUGGACCAACAGCCAUUGGCUGACGGCGACGGGCCGAUCGCAUUAAUCAUGACGCCUACCAGGGAGUUGUGCAUGCAAAUCGGCAGGGAUUCGAAGAAGUUCACCAAGUCGUUGGGCCUGUCGCACGUGUGCGUUUACGGUGGGACCGGUAUCUCCGAGCAAAUAGCGGAGCUCAAGAGAGGCGCGGAGAUCAUCGUGUGCACGCCGGGUAGGAUGAUCGACAUGCUUGCCGCCAACAGUGGCCGUGUGACGAAUCUACGACGAGUGACGUACGUGGUGCUCGACGAGGCCGACAGGAUGUUCGACAUGGGUUUCGAGCCUCAGGUAAUGCGAAUCAUGGAGAACGUAAGGCCGGAUCGGCAGACGGUGCUGUUCAGCGCGACGUUCCCGCGGCAAAUGGAGGCGCUGGCCAGACGAAUACUUACCAGACCAGUGGAGGUGCAAGUCGGAGGACGUUCCGUCGUCUGCAAGGACGUCGAGCAGCACGUGGUCGUUCUCGAGGAGGACCAAAAGUUCUACAAAUUGCUAGAAAUCCUCGGCCAUUAUCAAGACAAAGGCUCGGCCAUUAUAUUCGUGGACAAGCAGGAGAACGCGGACACUUUGUUAAAAGAUCUUAUGAAGGCUUCAUAUUCCUGUAUGUCUCUACACGGUGGCAUCGACCAAUGUGACAGGGACUCCACUAUAUUGGACUUCAAAGCCGGACGGACGAAGUUGUUGGUGGCCACAUCUGUCGCCGCUAGAGGUCUAGAUGUUAAGCACUUGGUACUGGUGGUAAAUUACGAUUGCCCUAAUCAUUACGAGGAUUACGUGCACAGGUGCGGGCGGACCGGUAGAGCCGGGAAUAAAGGAUACGCGUACACCUUUAUCACGUCAGAGCAGGAACGCUAUGCCGGUGAUAUCCUACGUGCGCACGAAUUAGCGGGCGUACCCGUUCCAGAACCGUUGCGGCAGCUGUGGGAGGGUUACAAGGCGCGACAGGCCGCGGACGGGAAAAAGGUGCACACCGGCGGCGGUUUCAGCGGCAAAGGCUUCAAAUUCGACGAGUCGGAGGCCGCGUUGGCGAAUGAGAAGAAGAAGUUCCAGAAAGCGGCCCUGGGGCUGCAGGACUCCGACGACGAGGACAUAGAGAACGAUAUCGAUCAACAGAUCGAGAGUAUGCUGGCGCCUAAGCGCACGGUUCGCGAAAUAGCCCGACCAUCUGCGACCAGUAUUACAGUGCCGGGUCAGCCGAUACCCAGUGCCACCGACAAACUCGAAUUAGCCAGAAGAUUGGCGUCCAAGAUCAACAUCGCGAAAAAUCUCGGCGCCGAGGCGAAGGGCGCCACUCAGCAAGCGGCGGAGGCAAUACUUAAGGGUGCAGGACCUACGAAUCUGAUUACGGCGAAGACGGUCGCGGAACAAUUGGCGGCCAAGUUGAACACCAAGCUGAAUUAUCAGCCGCGCGAGGAGGACCUCGUGGAGAGCGAUGCGGAAACGGGCGAGCAAACAUUCCGUAAGUAUGAGGAGGAGCUCGAGAUCAACGAUUUCCCGCAACAAGCGAGAUGGCGAGUCACGAGCAAGGAGGCAUUGGCUCAAAUCUCGGAGUACUCCGAAGCGGGCCUGACAGUCAGGGGAACGUACAUCGCACCUGGGAAAGCGCCACCGGAGGGCGAGAGGAAACUAUACCUGGCUAUAGAGUCGACGAGCGAACUGGCGGUCAGUAAAGCCAAGGCGGAGGUUUCACGAUUAAUCAAGGAGGAGCUCAUCAAGCUGCAGGCGUCCGGCGCUCACACUGCGUCGCGUGGUCGAUACAAAGUCUUAUAAAGUGCUUUUAUAAGGUUUGCAUCUUACAAAGAUCAUCUCUUGAGA